GGGCGAUAACGCACUUGGAGUUGUAUUGUUUUUUUUUUUUCUCCAAAAUGGAAAAGUGGAGCCAGGAGGAGCAGUUGCUAGUAGCCACCUUAGCCUAGGUAGCUAGCUAGCUAACCGUUAGUUACCAGUCAAAUUAGUGGGCUGAGUUCUCCAAGCUAACUCAGCCCACUAAUUUAACAACACGACAUUCAGGUUUGUUAACUCCCUCGCGGAAGCAACUGGGAUAUAUUUGUUUACUGACAGGUUUUCCCGGCCAAACACCCAAUUUUCUUCCGUCUUUAGGCUCUUGUGUUCUCUUGUUUUGCAGAGCUAGCCUGUUAGCUCUGCAGCUAGCUCAGCCAGCAUCAUUACUGUUGGAUCGACAAACAUGGCCUUUCAAGACGCCUUUCCUUUGCAUUUCCUGGUGUGGAACAAUCAGUAUCAAGAACUUGACAGGGAGAUGCAAAGGAAUGAGCAGCAGCAGCAGCAGCUGCAGCUGCAGCAGGACUUGGAGCGGCUAGAUCCGAGGGGGCGCACCCCGCUGGAGCUCGCUGUGUGCCUGGGCCACCUGGAGUCCACCAGAGUUCUGCUCAGAUACUCCGCAGACCCGACACACUGCAACGCGCAGGGAUGGACGGUUUUGCAGGAGGCGGUGAGCACCGGGGACCCUGAGCUGGUUCAACUGGUGCUACAGUAUAGAGACUUCAAGCGGGCUACGGAGAGGCUGGCGGGCAUCCCCGAGCUGCUCGGCAAACUAAGACAGGCACGGGACUUCUAUGUGGAGAUGAAGUGGGAGUUCACCAGUUGGGUCCCUUUAGUGUCCAAGGUGUGCCCCAGCGACGUGUACAGGGUGUGGAAGAGUGGCUCAUCUCUCCGGGUGGACACCACCCUCCUGGGCUUUGAACACAUGACCUGGUUGAAAGGACGGCGGAGCUACAUCUUUAAGGGUGGAGACGACGGGGCCGUGGUGAUGGAGGUGGACCACGAGAAGCAGGUGGUGUACACGGAGCCGCUCGUCUUGUCGCCGCGGGAUGCACCCUCCCUGCUGGCGGCCAUGCAGCCGUCGCAGGAGAACACGGCGCAGAGGCUCACGUCGCCCAUCGUCUCUACGCACCUCAACACGCGCAACAUCGCCUUUGAACGGAACAAGUCUGGCAUCUGGGGCUGGCGUUCCGAGAAAAGCGAGAUGGUCAGUGGCUACGAAGCCAAGGUUUACAGCGCCACCAACGUGGAGCUGGUGACUCGGUCCAGGACGGAACACCUAUCAGACCAGGAUAAAUCACGGAGCAGAGGCUCCAAAACUCCUCUGCAGUCCUUCCUGGGAAUAGCUGAACAACACACAGCUCACAAUGGGAGUAACGUUUCCCAGUGCGCCAGUCCACACAACCCCACGGCCAUCACGGCUGAGGAGUACUUCAAUCCAGAGUUCAACCUCAACGGUCGGGACAUCGGGCGGCCCAUCGAGCUCACCAGCAAAGUCCAGAGGUUCAAGGCCCACUUGUGGCUGAGUGAAACUCACCCUCUGUCGCUGGCUGAACAGGUGACACCCAUCAUCGACCUCAUGGCCAUCUCCAAUGCUCAUUUUGCGAAGCUGCGUGACUUCAUCACCUUACGCCUGCCUCCUGGUUUUCCAGUCAAGAUAGAGAUUCCGCUGUUUCACGUGCUGAAUGCCAGAGUUACCUUCAGUAAUCUGUGCGGCUGUGACGAGCCAGUCAGCUCAGUGACGGUUCACACACCAGAGGGCUCGGAGGAAGCGGGUAGCUAUCAAACCACACUCAAAAAUCCAAAAGGUCCUGUGGAUCAAAUUUCAAACUCCCAAGACGGAGGAAAGCGGUGCAUAGUAGGCAUCUAUAAUUUGUUGUACACUGUCGUCACAGGUCAGUCUGUCCCUCCCAUCCACUGCGAGGUGGACCCCGCUGUGUUUGAGCCCCCGCCAGACUACACCACCCUCGGCCCGGGCCGCAGUGAGCCGAUGAGAGACGAGGACGACAACCUGCUGCAGUUCGCCAUCCAGCAGAGCCUUUUGGACGCUGGCACGGAGAGCGACCAGGUGACGAUCUGGGAGGCUCUGACCAACAGUCGUCCGGGACCCCAGUUGCCCCUCUAUGAGGAAGACACUCAGCUGGAGAGGGCCAUCCAGGAGUCUCUGUCUAUCUCGCUGGCCAGCAGAGGAGGAGCAGAUGACACUCAGAACCCCAGCCUGCCCCCAGCAGACUCCCCGUCGUUGGACGCCACUGCCAACUACCCUGUCUCCUACAACACAGCGACCGAGCCGCCUUUGCCGGGCCAGUUGGGCGUAGCGAGCAGCUUCGACGAGCAGCUGCGCAUUGCCAUGGAGCUGUCGUGCCGAGAGCAGGAGGAGCUGGACAGGAAGCGUAAGGAGGAGGAGGAGGAGCUGGAGAGGAUCCUGCAGCUGUCACUCACCGAGAAGUGAUGUCACACGAGUGGAGAGGAACCACAUAUUCACCUUCCCCCGGCCUGGUCCCCGAAUGCACCGUGGGCACCACUUGAGCUUUGGGUACCCUUUUAGGUGUACGGGGAGUGAUGCUGAUGCACUCGGGAGGGGGUGUCAUUUCUGUUGGAAAACACACACACACUAUUAGGAUGAAGGUGCGUGUGUGUGUGUGUGUGUGUGUGUGUGUGUGUGUGUGUCAUGGUUUGAGCGCUGCUCACCAAUACGAGUGUUGUAGGUGUCACACAGCGUGUAAGGAUGAAGGCGGUAGUCCGUCUUCUCGAGGAAAUACUGUAACACAUCACUCAGGGAGGAAACGGUCACCUAGACGGGAAACAGACAUGUUGGAAAAAAGAAAUGCUUGUGUCAGAUAAAGUAUCAUUUAUUUAUCUUUGCAGGAUAAAAUUACAUUUUGCACUAAUUCACAUCAUUUUGAGGGGUUAAAAGGCACCGAUUGGAAGAUUUGUUUUGCAGGUUAGACGCUCACAUGAGGGAAUUUUGACGUCGUACUGAUAAAUCCGAUAACAUUAAAAAUAAAUAAUAAAACGCUUCAAUGAGGCGAGAUUAGCCGUGAGCAAACCAAGUGCUCCUUUUUUCUCCUGCCUGUGACGCUAACGGCCUGUCGUAACUUCCCCUGCGCUCUCUUGUAAACAAACGUUAACUUUCCGAGGAAGACAUUUCGCUUGCUGGUUGUACCAAAUGCUCCGCGAAGUGGGU